UCGGCGACCAUGACAGUCGCGCGCGCCCCUCGUUCGCUGUAAUCAAACAAACAAUUUCUUUCAACCAAACACGAUUUAAACCAUCCAUUACCUUGUGAAUUUUAACCGACGGUUUGGCUUCACGGCCAUAUUUCAUUCAAGCUGGCGAAGGCAUGGUGGAAAGAACCAGAUACUGGAGUGCCGGCUGGCGCGCGCGAAGGCUGCGCGGCAGCACGCAUGUGGCGUGCGGCAUGCAGCGUGUUGGUAUGCCCCGAUGCUGAUGCCGCUUGGACCCGCAUCUCUGACACUGCACCACCAGACACUGUUUGGCACUCCCUACGCAACUGCGUUGCAUAUCAAGCUGGGGUAUGGCAGAACUUGCUAGCAAAAGGCAUAGAUGAUGUAAUCCAACCUGCGGCGUUUAAAUUGGCUAUAGUAUUGAGACACACACCUACAGAUCUCACCGUACGCCUGUUGGCAGAUUUAUUACGCCUUCAUCCACAAUCUCAAGACCUGACCUCAUACGUGCUGGCGCUGCUGACAGACGACGAGGCGGCAUGGUGUGGAGCGUGUGGUGCGGGCUCGCCGGGCGGCGGCACGCCGGGCCCGGCGCCACUGAGAGACCUGCAGCUAUUUGGAGAUUGCGAGCUUUCCAUCCUCGCAGCCAGCCGCGAAGAGUACGAGGCCCACGCUAAGCUGGUCCGCGCAGAGUACGCAGCAAUGAGCAAUAAGAACUACGUGGAACUAAGGAUUAAGGUCCUGAACCAGUUCUCACAGAUCCCUAAGCUAUAUCACACACCAGAGUUCGAGUUCCUUGAGCCGCUUGCUCGUGAAAACAUUGAACGAGAAAUUUGCACUCUACGUGAACACCUACUCACAGGUCAACAGGAAUAAACUCAAACGAAGACCAAGAAGAGGCACAAAAUGUCUUGAAUUAGUCCAAGCUAGCAAACAAUAGAUGCUAAUAUUUACGAUUGGAAGGCAUGGCAUGCCAGAUUACUGCGUUUAGCCCGCUCCACACUCGCGUUCUCGGCUACGCGUCGCGAUUCGCGCACGAGUGUGGAGGUGGCUUUAGACACAUUUCGUUGCGCUGAGCUGAAGGCUAUGUUCGUGUUCGUGAAAACGCAUUUUUAUGUUAGUGAUCAAGCCAAUCAGACAAGUUGUUCAAUAAUGAUGAAAAUAAAACAUACACCUUCCAUGCUUCAACAAAUGCGACUGCAGAACCAAGCUGUGAAAUCGAGUAUGAAGCUAAGACUGGCACUGGCACUGGCACACUUAGGUUACCAGAGGUUUCCAAGUCAAAUCUUUUGAUCCGAGGGCCACGAUCAUGGACGGACGCUUCUUUUUCUCGGGUCAGAUGGAUGGACUUUGGGGCUUUUCGCGACGCGAAUUGGCACGUUAGCGAGCCAGAUGCGGCCCCUGCGCCUUAGUUUGGAUUGGAGACCAAUGUUAUAUAGGUACUACAGAUUACCUGUAUUUAUUACAUUUCCAAAAAUUACAAUUAAAUACGUUGUUGAACAUUUAUAAAAUAGUAAGUUCAAGUUUAUCGAGUAGGCAUAUACUCAUGACUAAAUAAUGUAUUACGCUUGAACGUACUUUUAAUAAGUUAACCGACUGUGAAAUUGUCCUGAUUUGUUGCAAAAUAGUACAUUUCGAUGCUAGUGCGGAAGGUAUGUCAUUACUUCACGAGUACCGAGAUAUCUUGCCACGAGCCGCAGGCGAGUGGCAAGACUCGGGACGAGUGAAGAAUGACAUUUCCGCACGUGUAUCGAACGACGUUUUUUAAUACAGUUGCGAAAAAAUAAGAAAAACAUUGUUAGUCGUACACUAAACAAAAGUGGUAACAGUGACAGCUCGGUUAGACGUCGUCUUUAAGUAUAUUAUAUCUAUGGGCGUUUGACAGCUAUUCCGUUCCAUUCAGUCAUCUUAUUAAGAACGAAAUUUUCAAUAUUGAAUAUUAAAAAAUAAACGUGUUAUAAUGAUGAAGAGGUAAGUAAUUAAAUAUGAAAUAUGUAAUAUUUUUCGUAUUCUUACAUUAACGGUAGGUUUUUAUGCUGAUUACGACGUUUAAAGGAAACUAAUAUUAACACUCAUCAAUAAGUAGUCGUGAAUUGGAACAAGUAUAAAUUUAAAAAAAUUGGAAAAGUAAAAAGCACUAGUUCGAGAUAACCAACUUUCCGCACGCUAAACAGCUACGUAAAGUAGCACUUUUUGAGCAACUGUAUUAAAAAAGAUGUUCAGUUGCCACUGCUGCGUUAGAUGUGGAUGUAAACCAGUUGAUAAAUUCGUACUUUAUAAAUUGUUCUUAUUAGCGUAUUAUACAUUUAACAAAAAGCUGUUUCAUUGGAAUACAUAGUUUUAUUUUAA